UAUCUAAAGCCAGAUGUCGUUGAUGCUAGCCUUUAUUUUUACAAUAGGGUGUUUAUAGCUUUUGGUGUAAAUGUAAAAAAGCAUCUUAUAAAAGAUUGAAACAAUGCUAUAAUAUUUUGUUGUAUACAUAAAUAUGUCGACAAUGGAGGGCUCGCUCAGCAAGUGGACAAAUGUCGUUAACGGAUGGCAAUAUCGAUGGUUUGUUUUGGAUGACAAUGCUGGACUCCUGUCAUACUAUACGAGCAAAGAAAAAAUGAUGCGUGGGGCUCGGCGUGGUUGUGUACGAUUAAGAGGUGCUAUUAUUGGUAUUGAUGAUGAAGACGACAGUACGUUUACUAUCACAACAACUUCUUGCAAAGAUAAUGAUCCGAAAACAUUUCAUUUUCAAACACGUGAUGGUGAGGAAAGAGAACGGUGGGUUCGCGCUUUAGAAGAUACAAUACUCCGACAUUCUCACACGAGAUGGGAUCCUAAAAAAUCUCCACCUAAACAAGAUUUUGAUCGGAAGGUAGCUGAAGCCGAUGUUUACCUGCAGCUUCUUAUUGAUCAGAUUAAAUUGAUUGAAGAUAAAAUAGAUGGGAUUGAAGAUAAAGAACAGCAAAAAAAGUACUCUACUGUUUUGUCACAGGCUAAUACUAUGCUUAAUUCUGUUAAACACACCAUUGUCCAAUUGCAAAUUGCAAAGAACACAGCAAUACCAGUUAAUGGAAUAUAUAGAGGACCAUCAAAUUCCAUACAUGUCUCACCUCCACUCACUCAUGUUGCAGAUAGAGCACCAGAAGCAACAGUGCAAACCGGCAUUGAAUUAGGCUCUGAAUGUGUGGAACCAAGAGUGCCAACAUUAUCAAAUGUUGUAGAUAGAGAUCUACCAGUACCACAAUUCUCAUAUUCAUCGUCCGACGAAGAUGACGAUUAUUUUGACGCUGCAGAUGAAAUACCAACUCCAAUAGUCCAGAAUCACAUUGCGCUAGGUUCAGAUAAUGAGCGAUUACAUUUAUCUGUGGAAAAUGCCACAGGAGAUAAACGUAGACAACCGCUUUUGCCACCCAUUAAAGGCGAUGGAUCAGUAGAUUACGAUGCUCUUUACGAAGAAGAAAGCGAAACAGAAAUGGAUUCCAUGGAGAGUCAUGGCUCGGUUGUGACUCACCUCCUAUCCCAAGUGAAAAUUGGCAUGGAUUUGACGAAAGUUACCUUACCAACAUUCAUUCUAGAGCGCAGGUCACUCCUUGAGAUGUAUGCAGAUUAUUUUGCUCAUCCGGAUCAGUUUGUAAGCAUUGCGGAUAUGCCUACCCCUCGAGAGAGGAUGGUACAGAUAAUCCGUUGGUACUUGUGUAGCUUUCACGCAGGACGGAAAUCCAGCGUGGCUAAGAAGCCAUACAAUCCCAUACUAGGUGAAAUUUUUCGGUGUCAUUGGAACAUACCGAACGCUAAUUCUUCUGACAAUACUACAGAUUUCAGCAAUAGACUUGUGUCAGAUGGUCCGGUACCAUGGUGUAAGGAGAAUCAACUUACUUUUAUAGCUGAACAGGUUUCUCAUCAUCCGCCAGUUAGCGCAUUUUACGCUGAACAUGUUGGAAAAAAGAUCAGUUUUGGAGCUCACGUUUGGACGAAGAGCAAAUUCCUGGGUUUAAGUAUAGGAGUGCACAAUGUAGGAAAGGGUUGGGUAAAUGUGCUACAAUAUGGAGAGGAAUACCUUCUGACCUUCCCCAACGGUUAUGGCAGAUCGAUCCUCACCAUACCGUGGAUAGAGUUAGGAGGCACUGUAACAAUAAAUUGUAUACAAACCGGCUACCAUGCGACGGUAGAAUUUUUAACGAAACCCUUUUACGGUGGUAAACGCAAUCGCAUCACGUGUCAGGCAUUCCAGGCAGGAGAUAAGAAACCCUUUCUUGUUAUAAACGGAGAAUGGAAUGGUGCGAUGGAGGCAAAGUGGUCGGAUGGUAAGACUGAAAUUUUCGCUGACGUGAGAGAACUCAGCACGGAAAAGAAAUUGGUGAAAACGGUGUGUGAGCAAGAAGAGUACGAAUCAAGAAAAGUCUGGCGUGACGUGACAGUUGGCCUACGUAUCAACGAUAUGGAUAAAGCUACGGCGGCUAAAUGCGCGAUUGAACAGAAACAACGGGAAGAAGCACGACUUCGAAAGGAAAAUAAUGUAGCGUGGCAAACGAAACUUUUUAAGGAAACCAGAGAUGGUGGCUGGGUAUACAUGAGACCUCUUGUAGAAAGAAUACGCAGUUCCAACGAUCAAACAAAUGUUACGUAAUAUGGCAUGUUAUACAAUUUUAGGAACAGCACAAUAUUAGAAUGAAUAUCGUGGCCUAACGCCCAUAAGAGCUGUAAUAUUAGAUUUAAUUCAAAAUAUAUAAGAUAGUUUCACACAUCGGAAUUUCAGGGAAUAUUUUUACGCAUAAUAAUUACUUUGAUCAAAAAAAGAAAAAAGAAUUAAUGUAGUGUUAUCUGCUACUUUGUUUCAUGUAUCACGUUUUAUGUUUAAUUUUAUAAACGUGUUUUGUCAAUAAUGUUUAGUAAUACGAAUUUUUAUGGUACAAAAUGGG